AUGUGUGUUAGUGGUUUGCGUGCAACGGUGACGUCUUCGUCCUCCUCCUCUUCCUCCAAAUCGACAAAUCGGAUAGGAAACGAGUGCAGCAUGGAUGACAUCGUGUUGCACCAAGAUGCGACGCCGCCGCUGCCCAGUGGGAUCCCAACGUACACGGUGAAUGUGCAGAAUCUUUGCCCGUUGAAAGACGGGUGUGCCAUGGGCCAAAUCCACCUAAGCUGCGGCAAGUUUAGCAGCGCUCGCCAAAUCAACCCCCGCAUCUUCCGCCGCCUCAGCAUCAACGACUGCCUCCUCAACGACGGCCGCCCCCUCCGCCCGGGCGAAACCAUCUCUUUCCAGUACGCCAACUCCUUCUCUUACCCCAUGGCUGUUUCCAGCGCCACCUGCGUCCCCUCAGCCUAA